AUGGACAUAAGGAAGACAUUACUUCCAUACUCUGGACCAUGGACGUCUGUACAUUACAAUAAGAUCUUUCAUCCAAACCUUUGCCACGUUUGCAAGAAGACUACGGAAGUGAUAAAUUUGACAACAUGUGAUCGGUGUUUUUCUAUCUCUUACUGCUCUGAAGAUCACAAAAACCUGCACUUUCCUCAACACAGCGGGAUUUGCACAGCUAUAGAAAAGUUCUUAAAAAACAACCCGCAAUAUCUUACUCGCCGCUUUGAUCAUAUCGAAUGGUCCAAAACACAAAAUAAAUUUCGUCUAUCAAUUGAACAGGAUCUAGGGCGUGCGCUUGAGAAUUACGAAACUGAAAUGUUCUUCUUCGCUAGAUCAUGCUUUAUUUGUUUUCAGCAGACUGGACUGUAUUCCUGCAAAAAAUGUUUGUCCAUCGACUAUUGUCUUGAACACAAAAAAGAAUUCGCACACCAACAUGAACAAUUUUCCUGCGACCGUUUCACAACAUGGCUCAAUCUUGAGCUCUCAAAUGUUCAGUAUGAAAAUACAGUUUCAUUAUCAUUAAAAUUUAUGAAGCUGCCCGAUAACGAUAGAUCUUUGAAUAAUAUGGAAAAAUUUAUAGAAGAAUAUGUACAAAACAAAAAGGGCGAAUGGAAUAUCUUGGAUUACAUCUAUAGCGACUACGUGUCAGGACCGCUCUCGGUAUAUUAUGGUAUGUUACAUGCGGGAUUAUCUGAUGUUCUACUGACAGCAUCUACCUAUGUCAUUCAUAUUAUAGAAGCAGAUUCCAUAGAAAGAAACGGUUUACCAGCUUGGGAAAUAUUGUUACAUCUUUUCCCAAAUAUACAAGUGCUAAUAGUUGUAUUGUUAGGAACUGACUUACAAUAUGAACUUGGUAUACAGGAUAUUUGUCCUCGUUGCGUUUGCAAUAAGAAGAAAUUUAUCUAUGAAUGUUGUGGUGUGUUGUAUAGCAAUUAUAUGAUUACUCCGACGUAUGGAAGGGCGGACCUGAUUGUAGUUUUUGAAGUAUUCGAUUCUGAAUUAUUGGGCGAAUGUUUAAAAACAAUGCAAUCUCAAGAAUGUCCUGUACUUUUAACUUCUUUAAAGGAGGACACAGCGUUAUGUGACAUAGCUGAGAUUCACAAAGUUCUGGGUAGAGAUGUAUGUCCUGUUAUCGGAACUGAAAAUAAAUUCAGGUCUUUAAGACCAUACAGAGACUUUCAAUAUAUUUUUUAUCGUAAUUCUUUUUUGACUGUUUACAAAACAUUAAACAAUACAAACAGUACGAUUGAAAGCAGUAAUGAAAAAAGUAACGUAUAA